GGACCAUUAUUGACGGCUCGGAGGAAAUACCACGCUGUAGUAAGGUGUACAACGGUUUCUUGUGCUACCUUACCCUGCACACUCAUUUCAUUCUGUUCUUCCUCUCAAGUCGAAAUACGUCCUGUUUUCACUGUUUCCGUUCUUUUAUCCAUGGCAUUUUCUUCCUCGUCUGGCCAACAUAGUGAGGAACCUCGUCAUCUCUCUGUAAUUGAACCUUCCCAAGGAUCGAGACUAGUAGAGGAAUGUCCAAAAGAGUAUGAUGUCUUCAUUAACCACAGAGGCCCUGAUGUUAAAACAACUUUGGCUCUUCAGCUUUACAAUUCCCUUCAGGAUUUAGAUGCGCAAGCGUUUCUUGAUUCCGAAGAGAAGGAAAUUGGAUGCUCGUUUCCUUCUACAAUUACUACUGCCAUCCGAUCCGCUACAGUUCACAUAGCUAUCUUCUCCCCAAAAUACGCAGAAUCAGCCUGGUGUUUGGAGGAGCUGGUCUUAAUGUUACAAACAACUGCCAUGAUCAUUCCUGUGUUUUAUGACGGUGUGCAGCCUUCUGAUCUCCGCCACGUUGAAGCAGGAAAGUAUGCCGAGGCAUUUGUGACUCAUACACAGAAGGGGAGGUAUAGCGGAGAGCAGCUUGAGGCCUGGAAAAAAGCCCUGAAAAAUGAAUCACUUACCGCUGGCUUUGAAUCCAGCAAGUAUAAGAACGAUCUAUGUGAAAGCAUAGUGGUAGAAGUGAAGAAAGAGUUGGAGAGGAAAGCACCUGAAUAUGUUGCAGAACAUUCCGUGGGACUUGAUAAGCUGCUAGAAGAUUUUGAAAGAUUCUACCAGAAGAGAAAGGCGGAAGGGCAGGCCAACAUUCUCGGAAUCGUUGGUAUGGGUGGGAUCGGGAAGUCGACUCUGGCCAGAGAGUUUUUCAAUCGGAAAAGAUCCGAGUACCACGGGGCAUGUUUUCUAGCUAAUGUUCGAGAAGCAUCUAAAAUGGGGAAAUUGCCUUCAUUACAGUGUAAACUUCUCAAAGAUUUGCUUCGAAAAGAUCAUCGCGAAUUUGGAUGUAAAGAGGAAGGGAUCAGCUAUCUCAUGAAACGCUUUAAAAGUGUAGACAAGCGUUUCCUCAUUGUUUUAGAUGAUAUUGAUCAUUUGGACCAGUUAGAAGCUUUUCCUAUCUUGAAAAACUUAGGUAAUAGUUUAGCAAUUGUUACAACCCGUGAUGAAGGUGUGCUCAUAAACGCUCAAAUUUCUAUUCGUUAUAAAUUGAAAGUUAUGAGUCAAGAACAUGGAUCAGAGCUAUUUUGUUGGCAUGCUUUCAAGCAACGCCAUCCGGCUAACGGAUACAGGGAAGUGGUUAAGGAUUUCAUAGAUGUAUGCAGAGGCUUACCUCUGUAUCUUCGAGUUCUGGGCAGGUAUAUUCGUGGUAGAAAUCCCAAUGAUUGUCUGUGUGUUUUGAAUAAAUAUAAGGGCUUACUGCAUGGAGACAUAAAGGACAGCCUCAAAAUAAGUCUCGAGACAUUGGACAGAGAGGAAGAAAACGUGUUCAUGGAUAUGGCAUGUUUUUUUGUUGAUAAAUCAAAGAGUGUGGCCAUCAGAGUAUGGGAGGGAUCCGGAUGGAACGCUCAGUAUAUAUUGGGAAAACUUAAAGAAAAAGGUAUUGUGGAAGAAAUUGAAUAUAGGUGGAAUAAGGAGCCCGUACUGACGAUGCAUGAUCUCCUGCGGGACCUUGGAAGAGAAAGGGCAAAUGAACUACAAUCUCCUCGUCGCCUGUGGUAUCCCGAUGAUCUUAGGGAUUUGGAAUCAAUGGGAUUCCGACAAAUUCUUGACAGCAGUGUCAGCAUUAACUGGAGGUGUUUCCAGUCGAUUGUAGACAGCUCCAUGGGUGCUGAAAUUACAUAUUUUUUAGCAAAUUCGGAUGGCUUGAUUCAGAAACCAGCUUCUUUGCUAUGGCUUGAACUUGAUUUCAAUCGGCAACAGUGGGAAUGCAUUCCUCCUUGGAUUCCUCUGAGAAAAUUGCAGUUUUUAAAACUAAUGAAUGGAGAUCUCAAAAGGUUGUGGCAGAGCGACGUACAGGCACCUUCCUCUCUGAAAGAGCUGCAGCUUUCUCAAACCAUUUUUGUUGAGGGACCAGAUUUGUUGGGCAAGUCAAAUCAUUUAGAAAAAAUAUUAGUAAGCGUAGAUAACAUGACAAUUGAAGGGUGGUCCUUUUUAGAAUCCCUUAUACUUAAUCCUAAAUGUUUGGUUUUGGGGCCUUCCAAAUUAAGUGUAGAACUCGUGUCCUGUAGAACUGGAGAGCCAGUUAUUUCAAGUAUUUAUAAUUUGUCUAAUGUCAGAUUAAGAGGAAUAUUGGAUUUGAAUAACAGGGGACAGUCCCUUCCUGUUCAAUGUCCCAUGUGUAGCCUUCAAAAGCUAGAGAUUUUCGACCAACAUCUUGUAACCAAGGUCUUGGUUAGCGGAUGUCAUUAUCCCAACAUCAAAUCUCUUGUCCUUACAUCCAUGGAAGGCCUAAUUGAACUAGAUUUGAAAAUGGUAUCAAGCCUCGAUAAUCUUGAAUUGACUAACUGUAAAAACUUGAAAAUUGUGACAGGAAUAUCUGGUCUUCCAAAUCUUGUAACCUUAAACAUUAAUAGAUGUUCAGUACUUGAAGAAUUGCCAUGUCUUGACCAUCUGAUAGUGCUACAGACGGUUACGAUUGGUAGAUGUGAGAAGCUGAAACGUCUUGAGUUGCAUAGAUGUGAAAAUUUAAAAUCAGUCGCCCUUAGUUUCAUGAAAAACCUGGUUACUGUGGAUUUGAAAAGGGUAACUGCAUUGAAUAGUCUUCUGCUGAAUGAUUGUCAAAAUUGUAGAAGUGUAUCAGGUAUAUCUGAUCUUGCAAAUCUUGUAACUCUGAACAUUAAUCAAUGCUCAGAACUUGAAGAAUUGCCAUGUCUUGCCAAUCUGAGCUGCCUGCAGAUGGUUACAAUUGGUAGAUGUGAAAAGCUAAAUUGCCUUGCGUUCGCUGAUUGCAACAAUUUGAAAACAGUAGAAAUGUGUUUUCUUCCAAAGCUUGUAGAAUUCAGCAUUCGUCACUGUCCCGAGCUUGAAAAAUUGCCACAUCUUGUAGGUCUAAGUUGCUUGCAGAGGAUUAUCAUUGAUGGAUGUGGGAAUCUGAAAAGUCUAGAGUUGCGUUUUUUAAAUAAUUUAAAGAGCCUGAAGGGAAUUGUUGAUCUGACAGAGCUUGAAAUAACUAAAUGUCCAGAGCUUCAAGAGCUGCCAAAUCUUGCAUGUCUUGAAAAACUUACUAUUAAGCUGCAGGACAUAUCAGGUAUUGAAGAGUUGCCUGCAUUGAAAAAUAUGCAACUUUUACAGUGCAGCAAUGCAGUCAUACGGAAUUUAACUCACAGGUUACAGAGGGUGCCGUCAGAGUAUAUGGCUGCAAUUGGGAGCGCAGUGGAUGGAGCCAAAUCAACUCUACGACCACAAUUACUUUCUGAUUGGGUUGGUGAUGAUGCAGUCAUUCAAAUUAAUAUCCAGGAAAAUAAUUUAGAAGACAAGCUAAAAUUAAUACUCCAACAUGGUUUGUUAAGUGCAAUCAUUGUAUGCACUGUUGUGGUGGUUGAUAGCGCUACUGCACCUGAGUUUAUACAGAUAGGACCUAACCCAGGUCCAUACCAGCGCCUGGGCAGAGGAGAAUGGAUCGUUGUAACUGCAAUUACCGACCAAGAAUUAGUAAGGCAUUAUCUAGAAAAUUUUAAGUGUCUGCAUCUGAAGACUUUGUUAAACCGUUCUACAGUAGAAAAUGUUUGUAUGGUUACGGUUAAGAAAGGCGAAGAAUCGAAAACCCUGGCACUAGUGAAAAUGAUCAUGGAUCGUCUACUAAAGAAAUAGGUACAGGUUCUGGUAACUAUGUGCAGCACAUUCUACAUUAAUGGCCUUCCUAAGUAACAAGAUGCACGUUGGUCGUUGCUUAUUGUACAAAGAGGGAACCACAGCAUGCAUCUUGUCCUCCAUUCCCACAUUGUUGUGCAUCGAUGAGAGCGUAUUUCAGUGUAUACAGUUAUGUUAAAGCUCCAUUCCGAAGCACGUAAGAAGGUUGCUUCGUUCCCAGCCAUUUGAUACCUGUGAGAAAUAACAUUGUAUUAGAAAAGUUCAAGUGUUUUAAAUUGCAAAGUUUUAGAUUGAAAAGAAUUGUAAAGGAUCGUAAUUACAUCUAUUAAUAGUAGGAUUAUCUUUGGUGGUGGUUCUGCAAUAUGCAAAGUACACCGACAGUAGAAACAAAAGUUAGUAUCAUUGUUUGUAAAAGUUAGAGUUAUUUGGACACCCUUGUAGGUUUUGUUGUUUGAAAUGGUGUCUUCAUUGAUUCCCUGCAAGUAGAAGAAGAUCCGCAAGUCGAAGAAGAGAACAUAAGUUUAGUAGCCAUUAGAAGAAACAUAAUUGUAAGGAAGUUAAAUUGUUGAAAAGAUAGUGGGUAGCAGAUGUGUACCUGUUGUUAAUUGAAUCUGAAUAGUAAUUAAAAAUGCUUGUUGAGAUGUAA